AUGCGAAGUUACUACUGCGCAUGCCGCGGCGGGUAUGCUCUCGCGCAUGACCGCCGAGGCUGCGUGGACGUCGACGAGUGUCGCGACAACAGCAGCGGAUGUGGCCAGGUGUGCUUCAACACGCCCGGCUCGUUUAGAUGCGGUUGCCAGGCCGGCUACCGUCUAGACGCCCGGGACGGUCAGACGUGUCAGGAUGUCAACGAGUGUCAAGAGAACGCUACCCUGUGUGACCAGCGAUGCGUGAACACGCCAGGUGGCUUUGACUGCGCUUCGUCGGCGGACUCGGCCGUAGGUUUGACAGACGGGACGAAUCUAACAAAAGCCCUCGCUGGGUUCGUGAACUUAACAAUCAACCGCCAGACGUACUGGUUCUCCAACACCUCAGUCAACGAGACCACAGCAAGGAACAAAUGUGCCGAGAUCAACGCUGAGCUGGCUUUGUUUGACACGAACGCUGAGUACUGGGCCGUAGCGAUCUACAUGGAUGAUUACGUCAAGAACGAUAGAAAUUAUUUGGGUAGGUUUUGGGUACAGAUUUUAUACACCAUCAACAGCGAUAAUCACUAUCAGCAUUACUGGAGGACUUGGGAACUAGUGACAGUUUGGGGAUAUAACGAGCCUACGUAUGUAUGCAAAACUGUAUCAAAUAGUUCACCGUGCUGUGUGAUUAUUGACUUAGCUUCGUUCACAGUAGGACUUCGAGAUUUCUCUAAAGAAAACAUAUUCAAGUUUUUGUGUAAGCCUGUGAAUGAAUGCAGUAAAGGAACUUCCAAGUGUACGCACAUUUGUUUAGAUAAUGACUUGGGUUAUGAUUGUUCGUGUAGGUCUGGGUACAGUUUGGCUAGCGAUGGAUACACGUGUGUUGACGUGGACGAGUGUAACACGACACGGCCGUGUCAGCAAGCGUGUGCUAACACACAAGGCUCGUACAUGUGUAGCUGUUAUAGAGGUUACAGUCUUGCCUUAAACAACACAUGUGUUGAUGUGGAUGAAUGCAGCACGACCAAACCUUGUCAACAAGCGUGUGUUAACACGCAAGGGUCCUACACGUGUCAUUGUUACACGGGAUACGAAAUGUCACCUAACAACACAUGUGUUGAUGUGGACGAGUGCAGCGCAACACUCCCGUGUGAUCAGGUAUGCGUUAACACAGUUGGAUCUUUCAACUGUAUGUGUAACACUGGAUACACACUUAUCCAAAAAAACAUGUGUGUUGAUGUUGAUGAAUGCUUGUCAAACCCAUGUGACCAAAUGUGCACGAACACAAACGGAUCAUACAUCUGUACUUGCAAUCCAGGUUUUAUCCUUGCCCUUGACGGUAUGACAUGCAACGACGUAGACGAGUGUUUGUCUACACCUUGCCAUCAGAUAUGCGACAAUACUGCAGGGUCUUUUAGUUGUUUUUGUAAUGAAGGGUUCUCAUUGUCCAACGAUUCUAAAACGUGUGUUGAUAUCAACGAAUGUGAGAAUAGCCCGUGUCAACACAUGUGUAACAACACAGAAGGAUCGUUUCUCUGUUCGUGUCAACAAGGCUACACAUUGGGUGAUGAUGCUUGCUCGUGUGUUGAUAUUGAUGAAUGUAAUAUUGAGACAGUGUGUAAUAGCACGUGUAAUAACACAUUAGGAAGUUAUGAAUGUAUAUGCCCAUCAGGAUAUGUCGUAGAUGGACCAUUGUGUCUUGACAUUGACGAAUGUUCUGGAAGUAACAACUGCUCUGAUAUCUGCACCAACACAGAAGGCAGCUACAAAUGUAGUUGUACACAAGGCUACAGUCUCAACCCAGACAACUGGACAUGCGCGGACGUCAACGAGUGUACAGACGGCACCAACGAUUGCGACCAGACGUGUACCAACAUCCCGUCAUCCUAUCUCUGUAGCUGCCAGCCAGGAUACCGUCUAGAUACAACCGACAACAAAACGUGUCAUGAUAUCGAUGAAUGUCAAGAAAAUCAAUCAAUCUGUCAUCAAAUCUGUAUCAAUACGCCUGGAUCGUACGCAUGUUCUUGCUUUUCUGGACACACAAUGGGCAGUAACAAUGUCUGCUCUAAUAUCGCCAUACCAGGUUAUUGCCCCUGUUCAUGUUCCUCUAUGGUACUUCAAUCCCAGCUUAAAAACACUAGCGCCGUAUUGAAAAGAAUAGAGGACACUCGUAACUCUCUGAUACUGUCUAGAAAGAACCUCGUAUCGUAUAUCAAUACCUUGACCAGCGCUGAAGACAAACGGGCGGCCUCGGAAUACAUUGGUCUGCUAGGAAUCGUCAUCAUUCUUAUAGCACUGGCUAUAAUUAUAUUUCCGGACUUUGUUACAGGAAUUUGGUUUAUCAUUAAAGAAGUUAAAUUUGGAAAUACUUGA